GGCGAACCCGGCCUGCGGGCGCCCGAGCAGCUUCGCGCGCGCCUCUGGGGACUCCCAGGCGGCGCGGAGCAUUGUGGGGUGGCGGCGACGGCGGCGGGGCUGGGCUGGGUCGCGUUGCGUUUGGAGGGCAGGGGCCAUGGCUUCCUGGGCUGCUCUUUCGCCCAGCAUCGUGGAGUAUUUCGAGGGCGAGGACUCCUACCGCUGCGGCUAUUGCAAGAAUGAGUCGGGCAGUCGCUCCAAUGGCAUGUGGGCACAUUCAAUGACAGUACAGGAUUAUCAGGAUCUUAUAGAUCGAGGAUGGCGAAGAAGCGGGAAAUAUGUGUACAAGCCUGUCAUGAAUCAAACAUGUUGCCCUCAGUACACGAUAAGGUGCCGACCUUUACAGUUUCAGCCGUCAAAAUCUCACAAGAAGGUUUUGAAAAAAAUGUUGAAAUUUCUGGCUAAAGGGGAAAUUUCCAAAGGAAAUUGUGAGGAUGAGCCCAUGGAGCCCACCAUGGAGGAGACUGUUGCGGGUGACUUUGCGUUAAUAAAUAAAUUGGAUAUACAGUGUGACCUUAAAACACUCAGUGAUGACCUCAAAGAGAGCUUUGAGAGUGAAGAAAAGAAGAAAGGAAAAAGCCCAAAGAAAGAAGAAUCUAAGGGAUUAAUUCAGUCACAACAUAUAGAGGAGAAGUUGGGCUCUGGUGAGCCAUCCCAUACAAUUAAAAUGCACAUGGCUCCUAAGCCAGGCAAAGGGGCAGAUUUGAGUAAGCCUCCGUGCCGGAAAGCAAAGGAAAUCCGGAAAGAAAGGAAAAGGUUAAAACUCAUGCAGCAGAACCCAGCUGGAGAACUUGAGGGUUUCCAGGCUCACGGUGAACCACCAUCUUUGUUCCCACCAAAGGCUAAUAAAUCCAACCAGCCCAAAUCACUUGAAGAUUUAAUUUUUGAAUCUUUACCAGAGAAUGCAUCACACAAGUUAGAGGUGAGGGUGGUGAGGUCAUCUCCACCAAGUUCUCAGUUCAAAGCCACAUUUCAGGAGUCUUACCAGGUCUAUAAACGUUACCAGAUGGUUAUUCACAAGGAUCCACCUGAUAAACCAACUGUGAGCCAGGUGAGGUUAGUACCUGUCUCCUUUGAGGACCCAGAGUUCAAGUCGUCCUUCAGCCAGUCAUUUUCUUUAUAUGUCAAGUAUCAAAUGGCCAUCCACCAGGAUCCGCCUGAUGAAUGUGGGAAGACUGAGUUCACAAGGUUCCUUUGCAGCUCACCUCUGGAGGCUGAGAAUCCCCCUCAUGGACCAGAUUGUGGUUAUGGCUCCUUUCACCAGCAGUAUUGGCUUGAUGGAAGAAUCAUUGCUGUGGGGGUGAUUGACAUCCUUCCAUACUGUGUCUCGUCUGUAUAUUUGUACUAUGAUCCUGAUUAUUCAUUCCUGUCUUUGGGUGUCUACUCUGCCUUACGAGAAAUUGGUUUUACUAGGCAACUUCAUCAGAAAACAUCUCAACUCAGCUAUUAUUAUAUGGGUUUCUACAUUCAUUCAUGUCCCAAGAUGAAAUAUAAGGGUCAGUAUAGACCUUCUGAUUUGUUGUGUCCUGAGACGUAUGUUUGGGUGCCCAUUGAGCAGUGCCUGUCUUCGCUUGAUAACUCCAAGUACUGCCGUUUCAACCAGGACCCAGAAGCAGUGGAUGAAGGUCGCAGUAAGGAGCCUGACCGUUUGCAGGUGUUCCACAAGAAAGCCAUAAUGCCUUACGGCAUUUAUAAGAAACAGCAGAAGGACCCGAGAGAGGAGGCGGCCGUGCUGCAGUACGCGGGGCUGGUGGGGCAGGCGUGCUCCGAGCGGAUGCUGCUGCUGCGGAACUGAGGCCAUCUGCCCCGCCGCCCCCCCCCCCCGCGCCCCCCACCCCUUCACCCCCCGCGCCCCAGGGAGGCUCCCGGCCUGCCCACAGAUGAGGCGUUUUUUAUUUUGACUCUUCUGUGGCUUUUCUAGAAUAUUUUGUGGCAAUGUAUUUGUGAGACUCUCCUGGUUAAUAUAAAGAUUUUAAAAAUAGGUUGUGACCUAGCCUCCUCAUGGGUAUCAUUUUGGAAGUUUGUUUUAUGAACAAGCUACGGUAUAAACUUGUGUUAAUAUUUUGGAAAGUAAAAUGAAUAAGUGGAUCUUAAGUCAUUUAAAUCACCAUCGUGCUUUUUUUGUCAAAGAAAUUACAGCAGACUUUUCUCAGAUCCAUUUAAGACAUUAGUUUAUGCUCCAAGACUGGAAGGCUGGGGGAGAAGGUGGGGAGUCGGUUUUCUCUCUUGGAAAACGUCUUCUCAAGAGAACGGAACUGUUUUUCCUCAUUGUUCAAUAUUACUGCCGAAUGUUACGUAGUUAAUAGAAAACUCAGAGAAAGAAAAUACAAACCUUAAAGAAAGGACGUCAUGUGGACGUCAGAUGUUCGUUUACCCAGGACAGCCUCCAUCAUAUCUGUUGUCUGGGCAUGCUUGUUUUUCCCAGAAUAAUUAUUACUCUCAAAUAAUCUUACUCUCAAAAGUAUCCCAGUUGGACAACAAAAUAUGUGAUUACCCUAGUUGUAUAUAUUAUUUGCUCUGUUUCUAAAAGUCUCAGAAAUGGGGGUUUUUGUAGGUUUUGUUUGGGUUUUUGGUUUUUAGAAAAAUGUUGGCUCCUGCCUUGACCUAAGACCCAUCAGAAGUAACUAUACACUAAAUUUUUCGCUCCUUAGAACUCAGGACACUUGUCUUUGGUUAUUGAUUAAAAAUUAGUUAAUAUCUGACUACUUUUAUAGCUGUGGUACAAAUCACGUUUAAUGAAGUGUAGGAAUCAUUUUGACCUCUGUUCAGGGCAAGAGGUGGAGCAGUCCGUUUCUUGCUCUUUGAUUUGGGAGUCAGCACAUGCUAGCUCCUUGUCUUCUCACUUUGUUUUGGCCCCUCACCCAGGCACCAAAUGUCCCUUGUCCACCCCCAUCAAGGUGGCGGGCCCUGUGCUGGGAGGAAGGAGACUGAGCGUAUUGGUUCACAGAACGGAGCUGUGUUGGAAACAGUAAUGACAGAGGAGGGUUAGUUUCCUGUGCCCUUUCUCAGCUGACCCCCAUCUUCUGUGUCAGCAGCUUGGCCACAGAGUUCAUUCCAUUGCCCAUUUUGCCUGUUUUCUAUUGAUCUUUUUUAAAAACCAUAUUAUAAAACGUAGUACUUUGCAACCCAGUAGUGGUUUUAAACUUUUCUUUUAAAGGCACUGAAUUUGGAAAAGACAUUAGAAAAUAAUUUCAGUUAGCUAACAGAGGGAUCAUAAAACAAUGAUUUUAAAAAUCACAUGUCUAGAAAUUCAGCAUCCAAAUGAACUGUGUAUUUAUUCAUUCAGACAGGGUGUGUGUGUGGUCUGUGUGUGUAACACCUGCCAUGUGCAGGUAUUUUGCCAACUGAGGAUAGAGGAGUGAGGAAAGCCAUUUUCUCUGAUCGUGUGGAUUUUGCAUUCUUCUGGGAUUUUGUUCUUCAAAAUAGCCUCCCAAGAGUAUUUGAUAGGCUCUUGUUUGGAACUGCCUUCAGAACCUACAGAACUUUUUUUUCUUUUUCCCUCUAAAAUGAAGAUAGCUUAAUGUUCUUAGGUUUACAAGAUCGUACUCACUGUAAGCAAUUCAAACAUUAAUAAAACUAUAAAUAUAAUCUGAAAUUCUGCCAUACCAGAGAAGGAAAGAACUGUUAUAUAUCUAUAGACACAUACAUAAUUUGAAUAUAAAUAGAAUUAUGCUCUAUACACUGUUUUGUGGACAUGCCUGAAUUUUGAAAGAAGUUUCGAAGUAGGACUUCAGAAGUGUCGUGAGUAAUCCUGAGUACUAGGAAAGUCAGUGGGGUAGGGUCGAAUCUUGGUACCCUUGGCGUCGGAAUGUUCACGUUGCUACCAGCUGCAUUACACCCACUCUUAUGUCCUUGAUUGGUGGGUAGAACAGGAGCCCUGAAGAUCACAACUCUUGAGUAUCCCAUGAAGGGAAAACCUGACUCUUACAUCGUACCACGACUCUGGUUUCCUCCUGCAGAAUUCAGUUAGGGUUCCUUCAGAGGAAAGUGAUCAAUCACAUCCUUGUCUGGGAACCAGGGUGCUGCCCCUGAGGGCGUCAUUCAAGGUUGACUGCAGUGAACCACCAGAGAGAACUGGGCAUGAAGAUUCUUCUGCUCGGUUGCUGGAUUCAUGUGCUGUUCUUUUGGGAAUAGAUAGUGUAUUGAUCCUAAUGAGUUAAUUAUUUGUUCUUUUGCGCCCUGGCUGAGUAUUAAUAGCGUGCUAGAAAAGGACAGCAAGGCAAGUGACCUGGCUUUGCCAGUCGAUGUAGAGUCUAGCUGAGAAAUCUGGUUUUAUGUUCAUGGCUUUCAUCCAAAGAAAGACACUUGAGAACCUUUCAAAGACAGUUUCUAUCUUUUCAAGGCUGGAAGCUGUGCAUUUACCCUCUUAGAGUUGUAGUUCCCUCCUGGAUGCAGGGAAAUUCACACCUGCCUCCUCGUCUCAGGAGCAGAAAUGUAAUUGAGGUUUUCCACACUGCCGUCUUUAUUUAAAUUCUUCCAGUUCCGUGAGAUUUUUUUUGUUAUUUUUUAAAAAUGUAAUCUGAGCACUUUUUUUAAUAUUCUAUAAAAGAGGCUAUUACCAAAUGAAUAUAUUAUUCAUUUGAUUAAAAAUUAUUUCGAUAAGAAAUUAUUACUGUUUAUCUUUGCUUUCAGACAACGUAUCCUAUUUUUUAUCCAUUUUGCAAAAUACCUCUUCUGUGUGGUUUCUUAACAUAGCAGAAUCUAUUAUGUAAAUGAACCUUUUCAGAUAUCUGAGCAGUAUGUGGCUUGAUUUUAUAGGCUUUAUACUAUUUCAGUGUGAAUAAAAAUGAGAAGGAAUAUGAUGAACAGUUAUCUAGAAUGUGUUGGUGGUUGCUAACUUUAAAGAAAAGAAGGAAGUGAAAUGGAAACAUAAUGUUUGAUUUAGAAGUUAUUCAAAUGUGUAUUCUUUUCCAAAAGAAAACCAGUGACUGUAAAGCAAAACAAGUCAGAUUGCAUGUGAUUUUUUUUGCUCUCGUGUAUGCCUUUUGAACAGUCCAUUUGAUAAAUCUUGAAUGGAAAAAAAAAUAAAGCUGUUUCUGUCUGCUGUG